AUGUCCUCCGCCAUCGUUUUGGUAGGCAACCAGCAGGUCAUUCCCUUGGCGAGCCGGCUGAUUGUCGGCAUACGUCUGCAGGGCACCAUCGGCUUCGUGGACCCCGCCAGCCCGUAUAUCGUCAAGCCGCGCCCCUAUGCAACCUACUUGGCUACGACGCUGCGGCGCCUGCAGUGCGCCGUUGCGCUGUUUGUGCCAACCAACACGGAGAACGACCGGGAGAUGAUGAGCCUGUUCCACCGUCUCGACUUUCCCGUUCCCUUCCGCUACGUGAACGACCACUCCAAGAUUAUCGGCGCUGGCUCAGGCCGCGGCAACCGCAAGAGAGGCUUGGCGCCCAACAACUACACCGAGUACCUGCGCAUCAUGGCGAACGAGGUGAACGGCACAGGGCAGGACACAAGCCGCAUCCUCUUUAUCGACUCCGAGGUGAACUACCGUUUCUCUCCAGUGCAGACCAUCGUCCUCGACCCCUACGAGCCUCUGACGCGGCGGCAGCAACGAGAACUUGUCAAGCAGCAGCACAGCAACCCGUUCGGUGACGUCUCGUCUCGACACACACGGCGCUGUGUGGCCGCUGCGGCGAGGGCAACGAAGAAGACGGUACGACACCGUGCCAUGGUAAGUGCACAGCAUUUGCAGGAGGAGAUGGACACGCAGCAGAGACAUACAGAUUUCCUGCUAGCAGAGCAGGAGGGAGCGCGGCUGCCACCGGAGAUGCAAGAGGGAGUGCAGGAUGGACAUGGGGGUGACUUCCGUCGCUUUUCACAAGGGAGUCUACAGCGGGGUGGCAACACGUGCGGCCAUCUUUCGAGGAAGCUGUCGACGCCUGGUUCGUCCUCAUCGGUCGAUGUCGAGAACGCCAAGUCGCCUCCCGUUGACAACGGGAGCAUCAACGAAGAGCAGCAGACCGGCACGCUUGCCAUCAACCUGGAAGACUACAGCCUUGUGGCACUGGCAGAGAUGAUGGCAGAGAUGUCGGCCAGCGACACGAGCGUGGCUGAAUACAUCAAGACGGAGCCGCUGAUCGAGAAGGUGGAGGUGCCCUUCCACGGCAAGGCAAACUACCUCGCCCCCGAGAACUGCGACAACAUUGACCUGCUCAACUGGGACGAGAUCCAGGUGAUGGAGAAAGCACGUGGCACGGGAGUGCCCGAGACGGUGGUGGAGACGGAGGACCACAAGGACUUCUUUCGGUGA